UUCUCACACCAGAGAUGGCUGGGUGAACGACACGCCGUUUUGCCUGCCGUUGAACGAACGAACUAGACUUCCACAGACACAGCUGGAGCUCUUACCAAGUACAGCUAUCUACGGUCGGCGCCGCCCAACCCCGCAUGCCCCGCCCUAUUCACAAGUCGCGAGAACCACGGCACACGACACCAGCAAUCGUAGUCGUGCCACUUGUGCAGCCCGGGUGCAACCCCAGCGUUCCCAUUAUUCCUAUCUCGCAGGCCUGGACCCGCACCUGUGGAUAUUUGAACGCUACACAGCCUCCCUCCGCCUCUGCCAUAUUCCCUCAUUCCCCUCGUGCUUCUAGCUUCUGUCGGGCUGCGCCACAUAGCCUUUGUACAUCCUUCGACACUUCUGCUCCUCACCGUCAGGCGUCGGCAUGACUUGCAACAUCCACCAGACGCCGUGGGUGGAGCCUCUGCCAUUGUACACGCGUCACGAUCCGGACGCCCUGUCUAUCCGUAGCGCAGCUCCUUCGUACGUGUCCGAGACGCCGACGUACACCUCACGCCGACCCAGCCACGACGUCUCAACCCCGACAUCACUCCUCCCACCUCGCUCUGCGAACCAGCAGACGCGAGGCCUCCCCCCUGCCCGCUAUGCUCCCGGCUUCCAGUCGCGCGCACCGGGCUCAGUCUCCGAAGUGAACAUGCGCAACUUGCCCGUGAACGCGUGGAGUACAACUAGCCCAAACAACAGUAGGCAAUAUGAAGCAGUGGCUCGACGGCGCGCCAGUCAAGCUGCAAGCAGCAGAGCUAAUGCGAACCCUGCUGUUGCUUCCAUCUCCCAGAACGGCGCAGGCAAUGCACGUCCGUCUUCCAGGCAUGGUGGCUCGCCCAAUGCGUCAUCGUCUUCCCUCAACACAUACCCUCUUGCCGCCGCAAGCUCCCCCGCUCCCCCGAACCCGCUCGAGGACCCGUACCUGGUAGGCGAGGAGGCCGCUCGCCGAGCUCGAGCUCAGAGGAUCUAUCGGGAGAUGUGCCUGAGGGAGGAGGAGGCAACUCGGAUGGAGACGAGGAGCUGGGAAUUCAUGUUUCUGCAGAUGACGGACUGGGAAGAGCGUGUGCAGUGCAGGAGGAAGAACAAGACGGGGCGCUCCAGGUUACUCAACCGCCUCGGGUUGAGGCCUUGAACUGCGUCUGCCUACUGCGUACCUGCUAGAGGCUGGUACCAGAACGAACGCG